AGAUCCUGUAAGAGAGGGAAGGAGGGAAAGAGAGACAGAGACUGACCUUUUACCCCAGCAGCGUCCACCUGUGAAUGACUCCCUGAGAAACUUUUUGAAUCACACUCUUCAGGAUUUGAUCGGAUUACAAAAGCAGGAUUUCUCCGUCAGCCCGAGGUGAAGACUGUUUUGACUUUCUUAACUCUCACUUUUUCAGCUUUCUUUUAUUCCAGGCAGGUGCAGCGUGGUUAUACAGAUCUCACGUUACCAGGAAUAUCUCUCUCUCCAGGUUCUUUUCAAUCAUUUGUUUGCUCACCCUUAUUUCUUCUCUGAUAUUUGAACCACUUUUUUUUCUGUAUUUAUCCAAAGAAGAAAACAGAAGUUUGUCAGGGCCUUUCUCUUACAGCAUAUUUACCUUCUGGGUGUGCGAUUGCAGAACACAAUAUUCAGCAUGUUAUAAAUAGCUCUGAGAAUAUGAAUGGGAAACUGUGUUUUUUUUCCCUCCAAAGGUUGUUGAGUUCAUUGAAAGUGUGUCUGCUCCACAAUGAGACUCAACAAGCACAGAGGACAGGUUUUACUAUAAUUCACCUGUUAUACCCACUACAUAUGACACCUGUAUGAUCUCUUUGAACUCACUCUAUUCUGUGUUGUGGAAAGUAAAUCCUGACAGAUACAAAGUGAAGGACUGUGUGUCACAGAGGGAAACGGAGCUGAAAGGCCUUUUGUACAGACUCACUCUGAGCCAAGAUGCCUGAAUUAUCUGGUGGGUGGUGCACAGAUAUCUUGAGUUCAGCUGUGCAAGAAAGUUCAGGAAAGCGGUGGAGUCAUGAGGAAAAAGGGGGGUAUGUGAGGAUUGGCUCACCCAGUGUUGCAUGUUGCUUACCUCUCGUUGCCAUGCAGGUUCUUUCCCUGUGUAGGAAAUGAUAUUUCUUCAAAUGCAAGGUGUGCACAUUUAUAUGUUCUAGUAUUUGCAGCCCUGAAAAACUUUUAUUUUGAGCCAUUUUAGCAUUUGGUGGUUUUUAAGGGUUCAAAAUUCAGGUUUGUGUUUAUCAACAUCAGGGAUAGACCGGUGAGCUGCCUUGGCUGAUAUCUGUCAUUCGGCUGAAUCUGUAUCAGCUUUUUAUUUCACAAAUGCCUCAUAAGAUACUUUUUUUUGAAGUGCACAACUUUGGUUCUGCUGGGGUCUGUUUUCUUGGGCCCCUUUUUCUCACAUAAUGCCCUGUCUACAAAUCUACACAGUGGUGUGACAUAAUAGGUGUAUCUGGUAACCUGUUUACUGCUGUGAUAUUGAAUCUUUCGGUUUUGUUUGCUCAAGGCAUUUAAGCAACGUUUUAUAUUGGGGUAUGCAGUAUUAUUUUUAAUAUUACUUUUUUUUCUCUACAUUUUGACGUAUUUUUUUUCUUUCCCCCUUUUUUAAUGUAAAUGCAAUACUCUGCAUUGUUACAAGUAUCGGUAUCGGUAUCCAAUAUUGACACCCCCUUUUUUUACAACUUAUUUGGACACUUUCUAUGCCAAGUGGUCCUAAACAAAUAAAUCAAUGUUGGUAUCAACUUAAUUCAAGACAGGCAGGGUGCACUAACCCAUUAUUUUCCUAUAUUUUCAUGAGACUCACUAUAUUGCUGGGUUCAGAAAGGGUCCUUCAAGUUCAAAAACUUCCACUGUGUGAUUUCCAUGUGCACAGUUGCAUCUGUAUAAGGACUGUUGUAUUGAUUAUAACCAUUUUUUAAAAGAAUUAAUUGAUUAUUCAAUUAAUCACGGUCCAAAAAUAUACAUCAGGUAAUAUUGUCAGUUGAUAAUUGCAGAGAAGAGAUAUAUAAAAAAUAGCAGCUGCUCGCAAGCUAGCUGUAGCAGCUGUAGUGAGAGAUGAUUCGGCACAUUCAAAAACUAUUUCAGAGCUGAUGCUGCUUUGGGGUACUUAUUAGUUGAAAAUUUGUACUUUUAAAGAGUGAAAGCAAUAGUUUUCUUUUAGUUUCAAAAGUUAUGAUCUAGUAGAGGUUGUAUUUUUCAAAAUAAAAGCAUGACAAACAGGUUUUAUGUGGCAGUGCCGUCUCAAAAAAAAUGUAGUCACAGGACUUGACCUGUAGAUAAAAAAUACGUUUGAAUAUUAUUAGAAAUUAUGAUGGUGUCUGACUUCAUAUGAUACUGUGUGUCUGUGUGUAUUUGUGUGUUCCUGUGUGGUAUCUCAUGCUAAUGGUUUAUCUGCGGUGUGGGAUCAGUAGUCUGGUUGCAGCUGUCUGCAGCUCUGAUGGGCCAUAUGGCCGCCUCUGUGACAUGCUGUAAACCCCGGUUUCAUCAGGCGAAGAGGUGCUGAGACAUCAUUGUAUUGUGAGUUAAAACAUUUGACAACUGCUGCUUUGUACCAGAAACAACCUCAUUUAUCUGAUUUUGUUGAUGUAGUUCAAAUAACGAGUCUUCCAGGCUAGUUAAGCUUUGAUUAGUGACUCGACAGCUCUUUAAGGCCCUCAUGUUGUUUAUGUUGUGAGUGUUUAAGUCACUAAGUUGCUUUGGAGAGUUAUUGAUCAGGGUGCAGUCAGCAGCCAGCGCAAUCAGCACUUGUGUUUUAUUUUCACACUCACAGUUUGACCUGCAGGCCUCAGCAGCUCAUCGAACAGACUGGUGGGUGUUUUAUUGCACUGCUGCUCAGAGUCUGCCACAACAAAACACUUGUGUGAAGGAGGAGACUUGCCCAUCCCAUGCUGCCAUAUGCUCCAGUGUGUGCAUGUGUGUGUGUGUGGGCUGUGUGUGUGUGUGUGCAGUUUCAACUAAAGGCACAGUCAUGCAGAAAACAGCAGAGCAAAGAUCUUUUUCCGGAGUCCCCGCUUUAUGUGCAGCCUUCAUUAUACUCUGGGAUCUGAUUGGUUAAUUAAUGAUGCUAUUUAUGUAAGCAGCAGGCCGACCCCUGUCUUUGUCCCCCUCUUACAUAGACCUAUCCAUCUGGUAACCUGAGACCAGCACACUCCCACACUCACACAGCAGUACAUGAGGAUUAUUGUUUGACCUUUGUUAAGCGUUGAAGUGAGAGUUGGAUGCUUGUUUGUGGCUCACACACGCUGAGGCCGGUCAUUUAGCGGGUUACACAGAGAGUACGUGUGGUUAUAUAACAAGAUAAUUAGAGGAAAUCCACAGGCAAUGGAGGAAAUAUAUGAGCGACACUGCUGUCCUGUUUCAAUUCAACUUAAUGCAUUAAAAUAACGAGCAAACAUGAUCCAAGCACAGCACCAGAAAUAAAGUCAAACUUUAGACAUUGGGUUAAAUGUCAAUACAUCAAAUCAGACGUCCCCCUGUGAUCAUUAUGGCCCUAAAAUACCCUAAAAAUACUCAUUUAACACACAACUUGAAAACAAAAUAAAAUAACACAAGGAGCCAAACUGAGGAUUAAUGGGUCAUCAUGGUCACGCAAAGUUAUAAAUAUAGACGUUACUGCCUGUUGUGUUGUACCAGAGUUUGACCCACAGACCCUCCUUAAUCACCAGCUGGAGUCCAGAUUUGAUCACAUUACUUCCUGACUGCAUUAAACAGACAUUAAGUGUGUAUGUUCCCCUCUGCCUGUGCUGUCACCACACCCCUGCUUGGCGUUAAGAUAAACUUUAUUGUCUCGGCUAUUGUUGGCCUUUAUUAAUAAUAAAUGCGGAGUGUUUGUCCACCCUGGAUAUUUCCCUCCAGUGUGAGUGAUUAUUUCUGACAGCAGGACCUUAUUUCUGUGCCUGGUAUAAGAUGCUAAUCUUGGGUGAUAGUGUCCCCUACCUCACACUGGAAACUGCACCAGUGGGAUUAUAUUAAAUUGAAAAUGAUUGAAUUAUGCGGUGAUCAUCGGGAAGAUAGAGUCAUAUGUUAAUGCAAAGCAAACAGUGUUGCAUUGGUUAAAAUAAUAACCCCGCAGCUUGGACUGAAUACCAGCUCUAAUCACAGAUAAACAAAAUUAGAAUGACAUUAAUUCACUUGAGAGUUAAAACAAGGGAGCAGGAAACCCCUAACCCUAAGACCUAAGGUGACCUGAUCAUACGUGCCUCAGCAUUUUUACAGACCUCUGUGUCUUUUCCAUCGCAGUCUUGCUAAGUGCAUUUUCAUAUUUAGCUGCUGUUUGGCUUGGCUGCUUCAGAGGAAAAUUCGAAAAAAAUAAGCAGAUCAUCUCUAAGGAUAAUGUGGGCUUUAUUUGGACCAUUCUCCACAAACACUGUUUUAAUGUAUCUUCUGAGUGUGUGUGUGUUACUGAGAGUGUAAUAGUAAGUGUGUGUGUGAAUUAGCAGGGGUUAGGAUGGUGAGUUGGCAGCAGUCUUAACCUAUUUCUGCUCCUCACAGAGCAACCUCUUCACCUCUCAGCCUGUGAAGCAUGAAAAUCAGGUUAACUUUCACUGUCAUGUUUCCACUUCAUCAUUUCAGUGUGCUUUAGUGUUCCUAUCCAACUCCCUAUCUCUGUCCUUUGCACAGAUUUACCAUGAGGUUCCUCCUGUUGUCUGUGGCAACGCUGCUCCUGGUGGUGGAAGGAAGUACUGCAGACAGAAUCCUGUCCAGAAGAACCAAAAGAGAACUUGCAAGUCCGCUCCAUGUCGGCGGCAUCAGGGACCCAUUCGGCUCGUACUGCCAGAGGAGAGGAGGCUGCUGUCCGGGCAGAGACGACAUGUGCACGGUGCCUUACCUGGACACAAUCUGCUACUGUGACCUGUUCUGCAACCGCACUGUGUCCGAUUGCUGCCCUGACUUCUGGGGUCAUUGUUUAGGCGUACAGCCUCCUUUUAUUGGUAAGCGAAAGGUGCAGAGGCUUAUGUGUAAGUGUGUUUGUAUGUGCAUUAGUGGGCUUUGUAAGAGGGUGUGUGGGCCUGUCGGAGUGAGUUAAAAUCAUUCAGAGUGCUGCACAGACACCCCGCUGACAGACUAUGCUCUGGAUCACAGUGCAAAGCAGCAGGAUGCCUAAAAAUUAAUUACAGUUUCUGUGUGUUACUGCUUCCUUUUUAACCAAGAAGAGAGACACAUACUGGGGAUUAAGGAAUAAUUACAUCUGCAGGCGUACACUCCCCCCCAAUCCCCCCUGAGAAUAUGUUUUAGCAACUCUAGAAAGAAGUGAAAUUGAGCCAAGUUUUCAAUCUUAGGGGAACAGGUGAAGACCACUUGAACAGACAGUUUAUUUCCCUUUUUGACCCAUGACUCACUUGUGUCUAUUGGAGCUUUCUUUCCUUGGCAAGCUAUAUGUUAAGGUUGUCCAACAAUGCAUUGACAUCCCACGCAGUCAUAGUGCCAGUCCCUCUUUCGAAGCAGGGGUGUUAAAUGUGCCAACAACAGCAGAGACCUACCUGAGAACAGAGCAGGGAACAGUAGGCUUCUUAUUAGCCCAGACAGAGGGAGGGCGGAGGGGUGGAUGGAGGGAUGAAUGGAGGUCAGAAGAAAGAAUGUGGACUAUGUAGAGGAAGGAGGAGGAGGAGGAGGAGGAGGAGAUGCAGACAGCGGGUGCAGGAUGGGAGGCAGAUUGCAGGUACAUUUCACUAGAUGACAAGGUGGGAAUAAGAGUAUGCUCGCAGAGACUCUGAACAUAUUACAUGAAACCACUCUCAGGUUUACAGACGCCCCCCUCUCCAUAAAAAUUCCUCCACAGUCAAUGUGUAACUUUUCUGCAGCUCUGCAGUGACGAAGGAGUGAUAGACACUGUGAGACAGCUGUGACAGAGGGGAUGUGGUAUCAGAGGGCCUCUGCCAUAAAUCACACUCUCAGCUCUGGGCCUCACACUAGAGGGAAAAGAAACCUGUGCACACUCACUGUAAAUCCUCAGCCAGCUUAUGCCCCAAAUUCCAAAAUGAAACUCACACUGACAGCAUCUUUCACUGUAAAUCACCUCUAAGAUAAACCUCAUCGGGAAACUGUCGCCAAGUUGAUGCAGUUUCCACAGUGUGUAAACAAGCAGAGCUCUUUUGCUGAAUAAAGCAACAAUUCAAUGUUAAACAUGAUUUUAAAGGGCAUUUCACUAUUUUUUAAGAGAUAUUUGAACUGUUUUAAACAUACUAUUGUCUUAAGUAUCGUUUCUAGUGUUACUUUUUGUAGUAUUGCAUGAUAGAAAAAAUAGUUCCUGCCAAAGUAAUGCUGAAUUAAGACUCAGUGCCACAUUUCACUCUCAGUAUGAACCAUCUGUGGUGUCACUGAUCAGAUGGGAGUCUGUGAAAUGAUAAGGAUUACCAGCUGCUCCUCUCACACCCCAAACACAGCAGCUCAAUAUUAAACACCAGCUUUUGCAGCGUUCCGCCCCGAGUGUGGCGUCUGAGUAAAUUAGCUGCUGUGUGAAUGAGGUUGCUCUCAAAUAAAAUUCUUUUUAGCUGCUUAAUAAUGCAUGUAAUAUAGGAGCCGCUUUUGUGUCCCCUCUUCUUUAGUUUCUCCUGAGGUGGUGAAGCGUUAGUGUAAGCUGUUUAGAGCAUGACGAGGGCCCAAGAAGCCUGGGAAGGCAGGAAAGACGCUAACGCCACAUUCCUACACUGGAUUACUGGAGCUCAGAGCUCCUUAGACCUCACAUAUUCUCCCUGCACACUUACACACACUGCACGCACUCGUGUACACACACACACACACGCUCUUCAUUUUGAUUGCAACUGCAAAAGUUUUGCCAGUGUUUCUGUUUGGCGUUCAUCCUGAGUGCAUCUUUAUAUUGAAAGCAGAUCAUGGUAGUAUCUCUGUUAUAUUUAGAUAAAGCUGCUCCUCUUUCUCUCCCCACAUGCAGGCACCUGUGAAAGAAAUGGAAACAGGUUCUUUUCUGGACAAACAUACAAAGAGAACUGCAAUUUAUGGUAGGUAAACUCCCCUUUCUUCCCUUGUGUCCUUUUUUUAACAGCUUAAACCUUAUGGGCUGUCCCAUAAAUGUCCUCUUGAGCGGCUUUGAAUUGAAAACACCUUUCCCUGUCUGCUUAUGUAAAUAUGUUUUAACCCCAGCACUAAUCAAUGCAUGCCUUAAGUUGAACAUACAGCACAUUACAUUAUGUUGAUAUGGAGGAGCAGGUUACAACAAUUAAAGCAUACAACAUUUCUGUAAAUUUCAUGCUGGCACACAGAACCUCCGGGACCCCUAGUGGAAUUUAAACUGGAGUUGUGUGGGUUAUAAAGUAUGUGUGCGCACAGCAUGUGUUUCUUAUAAUGAAUCCACUGGUGGUUUUGUGGAGGAAUAUCCAUGAUUAGAGUCGAAAUCUUACAACGAUCCCAUGAGCAUCAUACCUAUCUUCAUACUCACGCUGACCCUGUCAACCUCCACUUCCUGUGGUGUUACUUAUAGCUCUUUGUCUGUAAGAGUAAGUUAUCAUGACAUCUCACGGGAGGAGCUGCACAGGAGUUAAUGAUAGAUUGAUGGUGGCUGAUUUCCAUUCGGCUGUGUCUAUUUCAGAGUCCUGGAACGGAUUUUUACAGGUUAUUAUUGAAAUCUGAACUGUUGUUAAUAUUGAUAAUAAUGCAGCUUUUCUGUUUGUAAAAUAUGGAGUAAACAAAAACACUUCUGGAGUGGAAAAUGGGAUACAAAAGGAAAAACUAACAGUGAGUGAAAAAACAGGUUUAAGGCCUUGACUGUUUUAUCAUUAACCUUCACUCACAAACCUUGAGAUUAUGCAACUGUAGAAAGUGGAAAGAACAAUAUUUUUGCUCUCUGUAUGGCAAAGUUGUCAGUCUGUUCCUCCUUUCAUCACUUUAGUCGACUGAAACAUCUGUAAAAAUACUGGACCCCAAAGCUCAUGUGAGGACUUUCUGGCUAAUGACGAAUACUCAUGAUCAACAAAGCAAACUUGACCAAGAAGACUGAUAAUUUUAUCGACCAAAACAGCCAGACUUUUUCAAAUCUAACUGUGUGUGUGAUGUCUGAUGUGCCUGCAAAUCUCACUCCAUCACAAGCUUGUUCAAAAACUCAAAAUGCUCAAAAUGUCCUCUUUAAUAUUUUUCUAAAUUCGCUGUAGUGUCUCUGUCCCCGUUGAGCAUCAUCAUAAGUUUGAUCAUAGUGGCAAAGAUUUAAUGCAGAGCUUCUGAACCGACUGCUCUCACUUUGACACGCUUAGGAAUACACUUUACCUUAACUCACAAAACUGUGUCUGUACUUGGUCAGACAAAGUUCAUCAGUCCUUGUUUUGACUCUGUAAGUAAACUUCCUUGACGUUGCUGCUUUGUAUUUUCCACUUUAGGGCUGCAGAUGAACAGAUUCACUAACAGCUUCUAACUUUUUGACCCUGACACAAGGUUAAGGGUUGCUAAAAACAGUAUUUGAGAUUAGCUCUAAGUAACAGCAAAGUGUCUUUUUAUCUCCAUGGCCUUCAUCACCCUGAGAGCAAUGGAGUCCAUGUGGCUGUUGUCAUUUUUGUGCAUGAUAUCAACGCCGAUUAAGGCGCCAUUAGUCCUCCUCUUUUAGAGGAAGCAGACAAAGCAGGAUGAGGAGGUCAAGAAAGCAUGGAGGAGGCGAAUUUCUCACCUGUGCUCUAAUCCAGUUUCUCACCUCAGUGUCACUUAAUAUUCCUCAUUGACUCUGUGUGUGUACGUGUGCAAACAUACAUACUAGCACAGUGGUGUCAAUCUUCUUAAAAUGUUUUUUUAUUAAGUUUGUGCAAACAAAAAAUGUAAGUUUACAUAGAAAGAUCUUAUUCCUCGUGCUUUCAAAACAUGAGGAAUAAGGGAAGCCUUUACCUUUCCUUUACCUUUAUUUCUUUAUAGCACAUACUGUCUAUGACAAGGUAGCUGUUAAUGUUGUUUUGGAUGUUGAUUUCAAUGAUGGCUUCCUGAGAUCAUAGUUCAAAUCUGAAUGAUUAUUGUACUUCCUACUGUGUUAACCAAGUCAUCCUGAACGUUGAAUGAAAUGCAUUUGAAGGAAAAUUUGGGAGUGCAAGGAAGUUGUGGCUCCCGUUAAAAUACAGCGACCAUAUUAUUCUGAAUCCCGAAAAAGAGGACACGACUAUGCGGGGGGCGGAGUCACAGAGUCAGCAUAGUUAAUUUUGAAAGUUUUUUCAGGUCAGAUUGUGUGUUUUUUACACGCUUCUCACUCAGUAAGUCCAUGCGACACAAACUCAAAACUUCCAUACAAAACCCUGGACAUUUGAAGGAUUUUAUAAACUCCCCGGACAAAGCUGGACUGUCUGGACAGCCCCCCAAACAGAGGACAUGUCCGGGUAAAAGAGGAUGUCACCAUAGUUAAAAUUAAUGUUAGACUGUUGUAUCUUUGACUUGUUUUGCAACAGCGGUAGUAACUAUUAGGCAGCCACAGGUGAGAGAGGAAAGCAGGGGAAGGGGCAAGAGGAGGCAGGUGUGUGUCUGUGUGUGUCUGUGUGUGUCUGGAAAGCCAAGGGACAGAUUGAGCACUAAAAGAGAGGUUGAGUGAUCACCAGCCUGUGCAAGCACUAACAAGCUGAUGGCUGUCUGUCUGAAAAGUAAGAGACUACGACCAUUUUGACCUGUUAUAAUUCUUGACAGGCAACACAUCACACUCACAUCAUGUCUAACAAAACAGAGCUACUCUCAUGAUCUCCACGUCCUCCUCUGUGAGCACGGCGGCUGUGUUUUGUCAGUUUGAUAAUCUUGACAUAUGACUUUCAUCAAGGAAGCUCAUUAAGGUGUGACCUCAGUAGUCUGAUGGGUGUGUAUCUGAUAAACAGCACAACUUGAGGAAAAUUCUCAACCAAAGUCACACAAACUGCGUGGUUAAAAAUAGCCUUCAGCGUUCCAGGUCACCAGAAAGCCGCGUUUAUGUGCCAACUCCCCCUUUAACCUCCGGACAAAAGCGCCUUAUACACACACUGUCUCACACGUGCUUGUUAAGGCAACACACAUGGCAGCUUGAAAAGUUGCACCACAACUUUGGCACAGAGGGACACAAACACACACACACGUACAAGCACUCCCAUUUCCUGCUCCCACACUCUCCACUUAUUGAUUUCCCAAAUGUGCGUCCUCCUUGCUCCUCUUCCUCUUUGAGAUGACAAGCUGCUCUCCCUUUUUACCGCUGAGUGUUAGCAGAGGUGCAGCUCCAGCAUGCUCUUAUCUAACCUCCUAAAGGUCUUAAUUAGCUGUCAAAUCAUUUGGGCAGCAUGCCAAAUAUUACAGCUACAGUGGGUCAAAAUCACAGUCAGAUCAGUCUGAACUUUGUCUUUUUUCCAGUGUAUAUGGCGAGAACAUCUUGUCAGAGUUUUUAGCACCAGAGUGAAAAGAAAAAACAGCACAACCUAAAGAGCACAUACUUGUGUUUGCUGCUGUGUGUCAAGAUGUAGCACGUUAAUGGCAUUUCCAGCUGAGACCUUUUCCUCCCUGAGCUGUUUGCAUCCUGAUAACUCUUGGUCUGCUCCAAAUGAGCUGAAACAUGGCGCCUCUUCCCUGCAUUUACAACCUCUUAAAACCCAAAGGAUCAACUAUCUCGCUCUGCCACUACUUCAGAUUGGAUAUACUCCAGUGUCAACUUGGCUGUCCUGAGUGGCUGUGUGAUUUCACAGGUGCUGUUAAUGCACCUCUGAUGAAUGAAGAAGAUAUAACCACAAGAUGGAUGUUUCCUCAGCUGCAUCUGCAGUCUUAUUUUCUAAUUUAAAGAAUCAAUACAUCAACACAUGUACAGAAAGUAUGACAUGCAGUAUUUCAGUGAGGGUCUUUGCAAAUCCCAAAGCACUGCACACUCAUGUUGAGCCAUGACUUUUGUUAGUCAUAUUUAAGGAGAAGACACAGACAACCAUCAACCAUGAUGUCUGCAUAUCUAUGGAUCUGGGUGUUUAUGAACACUUUCCCUAUACUUUAAACAAACUGACAGCUGAUCUUCAGGAUCAGAAACUGGAGGUCUUCUUGAAAUCUUUGGAUUUUAGUUUAGCUGUAUUUUGAUCAAAGUGCUUUUAAAGAGGGUGUAUGAAACUGAACUGACAUUUAAGACAAACUGUGGCUGCACAGCACAGCUUCAGAGUAUACUCUGUGACUAAGCAGAGUUGCACUUUUGUGUUGUUUUUGGUGCCCCUAGUGGACAAAAUGGCAUUUGCAGAUCAUGUCCUCUACAAUGUGUUAUUUGUUUUUUGGCUUUUCUGUGGAACUUUUCAGUCAGGGCUGUGUCUUCAUUUGCACCACCUAAGAGGGUGCCUUCCUCCUGUAAAGUGCGUGAAUAUGGCCUCCCUUUGUCCCUGCAGCCUCCAUAUUUCUCCUCGGUCUCUCUGUCCUGCUGUCUCUCACGAGUCUGUCAUUGCGCCUGUCUCUGACUCUGUGUGUUUAUAUACUGUAUGUUUGUAUGUUUGCACUCUUCCUGUGCGCUGUCUUUGACCCACGGGAGCCUGAGCUGUACAUUCAUGCUCCAGGUUUAGAGAGGGAGAGGUGAAAGACCAUUGUCUAUUUACACCAAUGUUGUUCAUCAGUUUAAACUCCCAACAGUGUGCGAACAGUACAUUUGUGUGUGAUUACAUUUGGACCUCAGCAGGGAGGAGUGCAGAGUUAUAGCUGAUUCACAUUCAGGCUUUAGUGGGACUGAGGGGGAUUUUGGCCUCUCCCUCAUUGUGUGUUUGAGUGAAAUGAUGCUCUCAGGCAGGUUUCCGUUUCUGUAAACGUGAUGUCUGAUGUACAGUUUGUAGACUUUUAAUAGUUGGAGGUCUGUACAUGCCUGUGUGGGAAACACCCCUCAUUGUUUCUGUCUUACAACACACUCAUUUAUUAUAAAAUUCCAUGAAUGUCUGCCGACUCAGAAGCUGUGUGCAGCAAUACAGGCGACUUAGUGACUUUAAAUAAUAAGCAGGUAUUUGUAGUGGGAGCCACCUGAGAACAAAAAUAUUUACAUGUGGCUAUCAGGACAUCCAAAAAUGCUUUCAGACCUUGGAAAGGGGGUAAUUUGGGUUUAUAAAGGACACAAUACCUGAAUCCAGUCCAGAUUAAAUCCUCCUUCUUCUUCUUCUUCGUUUGGUUUAAUAACAUAGAUACUGGCUAAAACAGCAAGGUCUAAUUUGAUUGUACACAAUUUGAUUUUUCUGUCGCUGGUCCAGCUACACACACACACACACACACACACACACACACACACACACACACACACACACACACACACACACACACACACUAAGUGAGUCAUCAUUAAGUGCACAGUGUGAGUAGUUAUUUUCAAGUAUUCCCAGAGUAAACGUUGUCUUUAUCAUUAAUUUCCUGUUUUCUUAUCUCUUCUGUCAUCUUCGUGCGUCCCUCGGACUAAAAACGGAUCAGCACUUUGCAGCCUUAAAAGGCUUAAUAUCUCCUUUAACCUCUUCCUCAAUUUCUCGCCCCCUCCUUUUUCCUUCUGCAGCCUUUUUCAGUUAAAAAUGCUUCUUUCUCAUUUUUUUCGUUGUUGACCGAACAGACUCCCAGCAUAAAUAUGGAACUUGAAAGUAUUUGAAUUGCAGCUGGCAGAUGCCUUUAAUGGUCUCUUUUCUUUCCCUUACUUUCUGUCUGCUCUCUGCAGCACAUGUGGGACCACGGGACGCUGGGAGUGCGAGCAGAACGCUUGUCUCAUGGACUCUGACAUGAUCCAUGCCGUCAACAGAGGGAACUAUGGGUAAAGUGAUAACAUCGUUAGGCAUAAACAUACCUACAUGGUGGUGUUUGAAGGUCUUCAAGAGGACUUUUUAAAACACAUUUUCUCUUUGGGUUUCAGGUGGAAAGCAGCGAACUACAGCCAGCUCUACGGCAUGACGUUAGAAGAGGGCAUCAGGUUCCGCUUGGGCACGCAGAGACCUUCCAGGACUAUCAUGAACAUGAAUGAGAUUCAGGUACAAACCUCAGACUGGGUUUUGGGACUAAAUGAACCAAAACGACCAAAAAUGUGGUCUUGAAAUGAAGUAUAUGUGUGAGGAAAAACUUCAGCGUCACAUUCUUGACAAAGAGCCCCAAGCCCACUGUGAGACCCUCUCCAUCCUCAUUUUGUUUCUAACCUAUGACCUCUGACCUUGCUUUUUAAAAGGUGUCAAGAGAGCAAACCUUUCUAUACAAUGAUUAAAGGAUUAUCAGGUUACAUGUUGCUCCAGGGUAUGACCUCCUGAACUCUGAGUUUUACCUUAAAAUUCCACCAUUUUUACUCCAUUACAUAAAUGUAAACAAUAUUAUAUGUGUCUGUAACCACACCACACCUUAACAAAAGCUCCUGCAUACCUCCUGUUUAUGGUUUGCAGUAUCCACAGUCCAAACACAAUACAAGUGGAGGGUGCUAAUGAGAUGUCCCCUCUUUAUUAUGGGCACUUAGGUUGCUGUCGUCUUCUGAUCCGCACAGUCUCUGUUUACAUUUUACCCAGACAGAUUACAUAAGACAAGACCAAAACAUCACACACAAACGAUAGAGGAGGCUGGAGAGUAAAGGAGUGACCUCUCCUCUCUACCUCACCUCCUCUGACUUCAUCUCCAUCCAUCCAUCCAUCCUCACUCCCUCCUUGCUUGCAUUCCACUUCUGAAAAACCUCCCGACUCCCCCUCCUCCUUCUUCCUCUGUCAGCGUGUCCCUACCUGUGCCAGGAGCCUGAUCAGAUCCUCGUAGUUCAUUCAUAAAUUUUCAGUCCUUCUCUCUUUCCCUGUUCAUCAUCUGACUUAUGUGUAAAGGAAAUUAUGAAUCAGUGGAUAAUCUCUUACACAACAACUCCUGCAGCAUUUUUGGUUCUUUAAUCACGCCUCUAGUUCAGGUGUUUCUGGCGUCCGUGACUCUGGACUUUGACCCUCCACACAUACAAACCUCUGACCAACAGCACAUUCUUUAGUCAUGCAUCAGGUGUCCGUUUGAGCCCUGAAUACCUCACUAUUAACCAGAGGAAUGCAGUGCAGGCGGCCACGAGGAGAGAGGGCGGGAGAGUCUGUUGUCCAGAAGUGUGGUCUCUGUUAUUACACAUAACUGAGAGAUUAGGAGAGCAUCCAACCUGGAGAGGAGGUGAUUGGACUGAGUGUGUUUGGCCUUUGAGAGGCACCAACCAGUGAACAUCAGGAAGAUAAUAAAGGCUGAUAAUCAGAGUGAUAUAGAUGUUUUAAACAGACAUGGAAGCUACUUUAAAAGAUGAGCUGAAGUGAUGCUUUCAAUGUCAUUCUAAUGCAACAGACAGCUUCAUGUUGUCAUGGAGAUGACCAUGAAGUGAAUAUUUGACACUAUAACACAUUAUUACCUGUUUUCCUUAUAGUCACCUGGCUGUGGUAAAUACUUGAUUCUGAUUGGUCAAAAUCUCUUCAUUAAAAGGGAUAUUCCGGCGUAAAUUUAAGUCAUGGUCAAACACACCGUAACACUUAGUUAGACACCCCUUUGAGAGAUGAAUGUUGUCGACUGCUUGCUUCCCUAGUUAUACCAACUUUAGUAACGACCGCAUGAUAGCAAUACACAGCUGUCUACGUCUCCACUCGCAAACCUCAACCAAAAAGCCACUCUUCAGCCACAAAUAAUGCUCAGAACAGCACCUAACUUCAUCAACAGUACAUAUAGGGUCCCAGCCAUAGCACUAGCCAUCAAACAUAUUUUUUAGUUUUGCCUGAUUUCUUUAGCAAAGAGACCAAACACAACUCACCCACUCUCCUCCAGCAACUACUUGUUUGUGGGGGAACCCUGACGAGUCGAUCACCGAGUGCAGCAGAGUUUUGCAGCUCAAGGAAGAACAUUUAUGGAACUAUUGCAUCGGCAGUGCAAAAUGGUUAUUAUGAUGAUUAAUACUUCCCGGAAAUGAUCUCUCUGUGAUCGACUUGUCAGGGCUCCCCCACAAACAAGCGCCUGCUGGAGGAGAUUGGGUGAGUUAAUAAUAAUAAAAAUAAUAAUAAUACAUUUUAUUUGUAAAGCGCUUUUCAAAGACACAAAGACGCUGUACAGAGUAAGCAGUAAAAACAUACAUCAAUAAGUAAGAAAAUUUACGGCAAUAUAAUAAAAACAUGUAAUCAGGUAAAAUCAAAUAACAAUAAAACACACAUAAAUGAGUAAUAAAAUUUACGACAAUGUCAAUAAAAACAUGUAGAAUCAGGUAAAAUCUAAUGGGGGGGAGUUGUUGGUAUAGUUGAUAUUACUAGAGAAGCAAGCAGUUGGCAACAUUUAAAUCUGGAGGGGGUGUCUAACUUGGUGUUACAGUUUGAUGACUGAAAUUUACGCCGGAAUAUCCCUCAUAUAUAAAGAGAGCAAACUGAUCACACACUGAGAAAAUUAGUUUUCUUUCUGUAUUUACUGACAAUCUUAGCAGACUCAUGUGGCCUAAACCAAAACAUACAAAUAUUUUGACUGUAGUUGUCAAAAACCUUGUAAUCAAAACAGAAAGGACUUGCUGGUCUCUAACAUGUCCUCUCUUUUCUGUUUCUCUCCCUCUGUCAGAUGAACAUGGACCCACAGAGCGACCGUCUGCCGCUCUAUUUUAACUCGGCAGAGAAGUGGCCGGGGAAGAUUCAUGAACCUCUGGAUCAGGGAAACUGUGCUGCGUCCUGGGCUUUCUCAACUGCAGGUAGAGCAUAAACUGUGGAGAUUAUAGUGGGAGGAAUGAAGGGGAUUAUUGUGUCUUUCUGCAGACAUGAGUAAUCGAGAAUCUUGUAAAAUCUUUAAACCAUUUAAAUAAAAUGUAAAAUAAUGAGGUCAUAGUUUACAAUGUUGCAUGUACUCUUCCUCAGCUGUUGCUUCAGACAGAAUAUCCAUCCAGUCAAUGGGUCACAUGACUCCCCAGCUCUCCCCCCAAAACCUUAUAUCCUGUGACACCCGUAACCAGGGAGGCUGUGCAGGGGGGCGCAUCGAUGGAGCCUGGUGGUACCUUCGACGCAGAGGGUAAAGUUGUCUUUUUAGAGUGACUUCAGACAGAAAAUGCUGCCCAGAGUCAGUUUAGGUGAUUACUGAACUACAUUUUUUAUUCCUCUUUUCUCACAGAGUGGUGACUGAAGAGUGUUAUCCGUACCAACCUCCACAGCAAACACCAGCUGACGUGGGCCGCUGCAUGAUGCAGAGCCGCUCAGUAGGCCGGGGGAAGAGGCAGGCCACACAGCACUGCCCAAACACACACAACUAUCACAAUGAUAUCUACCAGUCCACACCGCCCUACAGGCUCUCAACUAAUGUAAGCAACCACAAACGAACACAUGAACCUCUGCUCUUUUUUUUACAUCACUCUAAGUAUCCUGGCAGCAGCAGCACAUGUUUCUAAAGCUCCAGGAAACCCACAGCUUUCAUGCGCUCUGAGCGUUUUUGGGAUCUCCUCGUGCCUCAGUAGGCCUUAAUCUCCCUCACGUGCUUUUACAGUAGGUGUUUUCGCACACUUUGCUCAUGCAUACUUGACUUGGUGGUGAGUUUACUUGGGAAUGUAGAGGAUUUAAGGCUCCACAGCACUCCUAACUGAACCAGUGGAGGGCAAGAAGUUGUGUUUUAAAGUUUAGACAGGUUGACUUAGGACUGAGAAUACUAAUGGAAAUAGAACAGAGUCUAAAAACGUGAUCUGUUUGAAAGAUAUUAUAUAUCGACUUAAAAGUGAGUCACGAUCAGAUUUAUGGACUUUCUGUUUACAGAUAAUAUAACAUUUCUCCAUCUAAUUAUAUUUAGUCAGAGCACUGAUUGAAAUUGUACAUUUAUUGUAUUUAGUUACCUCAUACCUGAAGAGUUUAUGACAGAGCGAUGACUGAGCUAGUUUUGUCUCUAAAAGCUGGAUGAUCUAAAUUGAGAAACACUGAUUCCAGUCCACUUCAUGCAGAGCAGACCUCUGCCCGCCCUCACUGGCACAGAGUAUCAUGUCUCACAAGUAAAUCUGUUUCCAGAAACAAUCCCUGCAUGAAGCUUCGACUGCUGAGCUGCAGCCGACCUGAGGUUUUAUCAGCCAGCAUCAAUCAGAGCUAAAGGACAGCUAAUGCUUCUCAAAAUCAUUACAGCCCGUUGUUUCUGUCUCCUGAUGGCCUGUGAAGUCAAUAAGCCAGGCAUUAAAGUCAGCCCCCCCCGCUAGUCUCAAUCUUGUUACUUGACUUUUAACAUCCAGGGGGGUUUGUUUUCAACCUCUCCAUUUUGCCGACAUGUAACGAUCGACCUGUCUCUCUCUCUCUCUUUCAGGAAAAGGAGAUUAUGAAGGAAAUCAUGGAUAAUGGUCCUGUGCAAGGUAAGAAGACGUUUGAGCAGCAGUUACGCACAAACAUUUGCUUCUCAAAACAACACUGCACACCCAGGGAGCACGAAAACCCAAACACAUGCGCUUAAAAGCCUCGUGUUAGGUAUCUGACUCUGAUGAUGUCAUGUUUGACCUCGACAUCCUGAUGGUUUUGGCCUCACUUUCAACUGUGACCCCUGUCCUCUGGUCUAAAAUGAUGGACCUUCAUCAUGUCAGUGUAGGUGAACUGACCCUUAUUUACUAGCUUGCCUCGCCUGUCUGCUACCAUCUGGACCUUUGUCAAGUACACUUGAGUAGAAGAGUCACGUGUAGGUGUAAGUGUGUGUGCUUGUGUGUGUGGGAGAUCCUCUGUGAGCCUGUGCCAGCCUUGUUUUAUUGUUUGGGAGUUUGGGAGGUUGUUUUUGGCUUAAAGUCGAGUUUCCUUCUUGGCUGUGUGUCAGAACACUCACCUAUUGUGUGCUACUGUGAAUUGUUGAUUGGAAGGUUAGCAACAUCCACUCUGUUUCCAUCUGGAGUGUAUUCAGAGCAGGUAGAGCUCGAAAUCAGGACAUUUCUAAGAAGUAUAUCCGCAGUGGUAUUGUCACUGAGCGGGGAAACUACAGCUGAGCCCACACACACAUACAUGCACAUGAACACGCACACACACAGUGUGGGUGUGUGAGACUCAGGGGAGAAAUUGGUAAUUGUUUGAUGAAAUUAGGUUAUUACUCUCAGAUGAAUGCGUGUUUGGAUAAGGUUUGUAUCCCUCCCUGAGUAAUUGAUUCAACAGCCGUUAUUAAAGAUGCUCAUUUAGUUUGUGUGUGUGUGUGUGUGUGUGUGUGUGUGUGUUACAACCACCUACUUAUUUCCUGUGCUUGUUUGGUCUUGCAGCUAUUAUGGAGGUCCACGAGGAUUUCUUUGUGUAUAAGAGUGGGAUCUACAAACACAGUGACGUCAGCUUCACCAAACCGACACAGUACCGCAAACAUGGAACUCACUCGGUCAGGAUCAUCGGGUAAGUUUCUGCUUUACAGCACCAAACAUCGUCAGGUUUUGACACUCCCCGCUUGUUUUUUUAAUCCUUUAAAGUCAGUAUUCUUGUCAGGUGUGAGUCCUCCAGAGGGUUGAUUGUAGUCUCUAUAACAACCCUUGUCCACCCUUGUGAAUCACAUCCUGAAGUGCCUUGUCUCCCACACUCAACAGAAGCCACUCCAGCAGGACUCAGUGUUGAUUUAAGAUGAAUCAGGUUUUAAUUUAGUCGCUGCUGGAUUCAAAGCGUCACCUGCUCGUAUGUUUGCGUUAAGCUAAGCGUGCACUUGUGAACAAACUUCCCUCCCUGUCUGUUGCUCAUGGACACACCUCGGCUCCACUCAUCUGUCUGCCCCAAACAAGGCCCCCCUCCUUUCUCCUUCUAUCUCUAACAGGGACGACCACAAAUAUGCAGACGGGUAGACGGCCGACACACCUGCAUUACCUGCCCCCAUCCUCCUGUCUGUCUCCCUUCCUCUCUCUUGCCUCAUCACUUCUUUCAUCGUCUGAGUCCCUGAUAGUCCUGCUUUCUCUCUCUCUCUCCUCACUUUCUUCUGGCUGUUUGCUGCCGUCUUGUUUAUGAGUUGUUUAGAGGGUAGUGAGAGGCCAGGAGGGGUUUUGACCUGUCAAAAAAUCUGAAACAUGCUUUUUACUGGGUCUUCACCGAGAGCCGUACAGCUGCUUUUGAAAAUGCAUCUGCUGUGAAAAUGAUACGCUGCUGCUCACUUAAGUCUCACUUUCCAAACUGGAAAAAUGAGCACCUCUGUUGUAAUGAGUUCAAAAUGAGAGUGAAGGAAUGUGUGUCUUUUGGCAUAUCACUGUACAUUAGUACCUCGGCAUGGUCUGUGACUUCUAAGAGAAAACUGGAAGGCAGACGAUGGCAAAGAUAAAAGCAGUCUCUUUCUCCUGAUCUGAUUGGCCAUUGAAGCAGACUAAACAUUAGACAGCAGCUCUUUAUGUCUACUGUCUCUUUUGUAUGUUUUAUGACAUUCCAUUUUGUACCAUCAAAUGGCAGGUGUAGGCAUGUGUAGGUUUUACACUCUGCACUUAGCAAACCUAAAUCACAAACUCCUCCACACAUACAUCACAUAAGGAUGCAAACUGUAAUUACAUCUCCUCAGCCUCACUUCGGCAACAAACUACAGAGGUAUGCAGGUUGUAAGGUGAUGCAGAGAGUUAGAGUGUAAAACAGUCCUCAUUAAGAGAAACUCAAAAACGAUACGACUUCUAAAGGGCAUGCAACAAUUCAAAAACAGAAAGGUGGAAAAAAGGUGCAAAAGCACAGCAAAUACACAAAUGAUACAGAGCAAAAAUGCACAAAAGCAGCUGGAAAUAAAGCAGCUCAUUAUUUGGUGUCAUCAGUAAUAAUCUGUGUGAAUUGACAACCCUACAGGCCUAGAGCACUUCUGAGCGCUUACUGUCAGUUGUUUUUGCUUUUUACAGCAUAUUUGUGUUUGUUUUUUAUUUGUGUUGCAUGUGUUUAUAUGGUGGUCCUGAGGUACAAAACACAACGGCAAAUAGGAAAGCACAACACAAAAAGAGGAAACACAACAACAUUAACCAUUGUGUUUUCUUUUCUUAUUUGCUGUUGUGUUUUCUCUUUUUGAGUUGUGUUUUCUUUUUUGUGUUGUGUUUUCUCUUUUUGUUUUGUGUUUUGCACCUCAGGGCCACCGUACUUUAUCGAAGUUCUGUCAGUUCUGCGUUUCCAUUGCUUUCCCCCCCCAUGUAGAUGAUUCUGGUUCUUGCAGAUCGUUUGUCCUUGUCAGCCACCGUAACUGACACCAUGAUUGCACUUUGCUCCCCGAGCAAGUGGAUGUGGAUGUCACAGUGGCACAGGUUUAGGGACAAAUAAAGCAAAGGAGGAGGAGUAGGAGGAAGAGGAGGAAGGGAGGGGUGUGUGUAGGGUUUUGAGCUCCAACCUGCCAGCCACAGGCAUCAGUGUGUUUACACAGUCCAAAUCCCACAGCGAUGCACUCCUUUAAGCCCAGCGCCUGGGAAAGUUUGUGGAGAGAGCAUUGGGGUUCAGCCUGGUGGAAAGGGCAUUGUCUGGGCCGCUGAUCCCGACUGCACCAGACAGAGAGACGGGGAUCAAACCAUCGGAGAGAGGAGGUCAGGGGCGUUGAGGAAAGGCGGGGCGCGUGGGCAGAGCAGUAUGCCCAUCAUUGUCCCGGAGUGAGCAAGUGAGCCGAUUGGAGCCCUGAUAAGAGAUCAGCAGUGGUCUGAUUAUGUCUGGAUCUGUCUAUACUGAUACAAGUGUAGAGAGUCAUGCAUGCAUAUGCGAUCACACUCACACACAUAUGCAAGUGUGUAUGCACACACACACAGACACACUCCAUCUCUCUGGUUUGCAGUGUCGAUCUGUUGUUUACACAGCUGAUUGUAAUGACACUGUCCCGCUCAGUAUGACGUCUGUCAACAUUUUAGGCUAAUAAAGCCACUCGCUGUUAGGACGUUGGCACAGUAGGCCCAUGUUGUGGUGGCAGGUUACCCAGUUGGCAGACUGACUCCAGCCACUCUAUUUCCCAGCAUUCCUUUCCCCCUUUAAAAAGAUAACAAGCGAUCAGGCACCAGGAGUCUCUUGGGAAACCGGUGGGCUCGCAGUGCAAAAACAGGAUGGGAAUUGGCCUUGAGAGAAUGUUUUGAUCAUGACGAGCAGAAAGCAUCUAAAAAGUUGGCAGUGGCUAAGCUAAGACUAGAGCGCAAAGCAUGAUGGGAAUUUAUGGACUUUUGCCAGAGUUUCCUGAGAACAAAGUUUGGAAGAUAAAGAUAGGUCUUGGAGUUAAGACAUAUACAUUCUUGUGUCGAGAGUGCGCCUUGUCUGUGUAUCAAUAGGAUUGAGGAGGUGUUCACUUCCUGGUAACCUUCCCUCCACUUCCUGUGCCAUGUCAGAAGAGAGGAAAUAGCAAAGGAAAAGGGGAACUCCGUGCUUGCUGGAUCGGUGUGAUGUAGGAGUACAACAAGGCGGUGUCCUGCCAAAAAUACUCUGUGUGUUCAGGAUGUUGUUAACAAGAUGAAAGAUUUCUCUUCUCCCUACUUGACCUCACCUCUGCCUCUUCCUCUUUUUUUCCACAUCUGUAAUGCCAAGUGUGCCCGAGGAGGACACAUUCCUCAGCGGUGUUUACAUCAGAUACGGUUGUUCAAAGUGUCCAAGCUUUAAUAAUAGCAGUUCAACUCAUACACAGCUGAAUAUUUGAGGAUAUUUUGCUCUCCUGUUAAGUAACCUUUCUCUUUGCUUUGUGCAUCAGGUGGGGAGAGGAGAGAAACUAUGAUGGGACACUGAAAAAAUAUUGGGUAAGGUGUUUAUUUCUUUUUCCAGGUAACUGUAAAUCCUCAUUUACAGUAUGUAGUAUUUGGCUGGGCCAUUUAUGAUGCCAGGAAUUGCAGGUUUUAUGAGUGAAUAGAGGCUGUCCUUUGAUUAUUAGCCUGGCAGUGUCAUAUUUCUAAAAUAUAACAUGAAAUAUCUCUACCUGCGUAGUUUGCUCCAGGUUUUCAUCAUAAUUAGACAGAAGUUAUGAUAACUACAACAUCUCCACUUUCUGCUGCACAGAGCUGCUCUGUGAGCUCUCAUCCUGACAGCACUUGGUGCACUCCAAUAGUUAAUAAUAAACUGGUUGUAGAAGGGGAAUCUUUCUCAUGUUAUUUUCAGAGGCGAUUUAUGAAAGAUUUCUAUUUUUAGACAGUAUUUCCCAUCGGUGCUGUCUUUUUGUUCUCUUUUUAGCUACUGGCCUUUUAGUUAACCUUUAGGGACUAAUAAAGUUCUUUCAAUUGAAAAACAGAAAAAGGACGCGUGUGCGUAAUGGCUCUGUAAAUGAGAGUUCUGGGUCAGGGAUCCUGUCAGAUCACGGCUAUAACAAUCUCUUUAUGGUAGUUGAUGGUCGCCAUGGAGAGAUUGAAAAGGUUUGUUGAGCAUUGAGCCUUUUGUACCUUGGAUAAUGUAAGUGAAUCAGGCCCUUACUUUGUACUAAAUUAUAAAAAGUUACAACACUGUGAGACUGACAGAAUUUAAAAUGAAGGCCUGUCUCUGAUACAAGCCUGCUUCAUAUAAAGGCCCGGUACCAUAGGCAGCAAAAGCAAAUAAAAGACAGUCACAACAUUUAAAGAGAUAUUCCGGUGUAAAAUUAAGUUAUGGUCAAACACACCGUAACAGCAAGUUAGACACCCCCUCGAGAAUGAAUGUUGCCGACCGCUUGCUUCUCUACUCAUACUCAUACAUACUCUGAUAGCAAUACACAGCGGUCUACAUCUCCACAAUCCUCAAUCAAAAAGUCACUCUAUAGCCACAAAUAAUGCUCAGAACAGCACCUAACUUCAUCAACAUUACACAUAGUACAUAUAGUACGUAUGACUAGUGAAGCAAGCAGUUGGCAACAUUCAUCUCUCCUCGGGGUGUCUAACUCGGUGUUACUGUGUGUUUGUCCAUAACUGAAAUUUAUGCCAGAAUAUCCCUUUAAGGAUUUAUGACACAUGCAGGCUCAGAACAUGGUUCUGUUUCAUCCUUCAAUUGUUGUUCUUGUUGUAAAUUUCUCUGUCCUCUCCUUUUCAGAUUGCCGCCAACUCCUGGGGCAAGAACUGGGGAGAGAACGGCUACUUCCGCAUCGCUCGCGGGGACAACGAGUGUGAGAUUGAAACAUUUGUGGUCGGCGUGUGGGGCAGGAUCACAAUGGAGGACAUGCACAAGCAUCAUCAUCACCAUCGCCGCCGACACAUUUAGAGACACAACAGAUAUCACGAAAACAAAAAAAACACGCUGAGACCUUUGUGUUUAAUCCAGAGGAGUCUCAGAACUUCAGCACAUCUGCUAACCCAACAAGCUGGCUGGGAUAACAGCAAGUCCCUGAACUCUUACUCUCUUUAUGCCUUACUCCCCUCUGGGGAUCACCAAACCCCUUCAAGGACAACUCUCCCCACACUCAGUCUAACUCAAGGUUUAUGACACCAAAAACAAAGAAAAAGUGAACUAAGCUAAAGCUCUGCUAUGCUGCCUUGCAACUAGGCACCUCAGGUACCUACUGAAUCCAAAGACAACACUUCCCAGAAUCCUCAGCGUGGUAUUUAGAUGGGUGAUGACAGAAGCUGAAGCUCAAUCUGACCUUUUCACUCUUCUUUCAGAGUUAGUGUCUUCUAGCUCCAAAUCUAUAUUCCAGACCGACCUGAUUUCAGAGUAAGGGCUUAAAAAAGGGGAAAUCUGAGAGCCAGACUAUCAGACCUGUAUCAGAGAAACACACCCAGCUCAAGCGUGUAACAUGAUCGUAUAUCAUAGAUGACCUUACUGACAUUUACCUGUCAGCUAUACAGAGGCACAGAGACUCAUUCCCCUCAGUUUUAAAGAGGACAUUUGUCUAGAGUCAGGAGGUAGAGUUUCUCACACAUUCCAGUAGAAACACAAAGUAUGACACUCCAAACAGUGGGAGGUUUGAUGUGGAGUAUAAGAUUACUAAAACCCAGGAUUUCAGGAGGAUUUAUAGUGCCACCUACAGUGACCAGCAAACAAAAUACCUCGGAGGACUUUUAUCAGUGAAUAAUUUGAAGCAAAUUUAACCAUGAAAGGCAGAGUCUUUGUCUUUUUCCAGAGUUUGGCCAGUGUCAACAGUGUCAGAAGAAAGACUAAAUAUUUCUCAAUUAGACAUGGCUGAAGGAAAUAUAAAUAAUUUUUCCAGACAUGCUCGAUUUGAAAAGUCACCAUGAAUAACAACAAAUUGAUGUAGAAACCACGCUGUCACUGACCCCACUGUUAGAUUAGAAAAUGAGACAUUUUCAGACGUGCACUCUGGGAAAUUUCUAGACAAUUUAAAGGGCUUGGACCUUAAAAUUACCUGACCUUACUAUUUCUACACAUCCAUCCUCACAGCUUGAACUCUUGUCUAUAAUAUGAGGGGAUGAUCUAUAUCCAAGAUUAAAACCACUGAUCCUUUAAUAAUGCCUUGAGUUUUAAUCCACUUUCUGUCUUAAUUCUCUUCAUUUUUCCCUCCUCAGCCCCUGGAAUAUGCAUCAGAUGUGUAAGCUUUGUAUCAGAAAUAUUCAAGUGAAGUCAGGUGCACAUACACAAACCUCACCCAGGUCAUUUCUAGAAAUUUUUAAGGAGCUUUGUGCAUGUUUGAAAGGGUCUCUGUGUCGAUGCAUUAAGAGGAUAGAGGGACUGUAAAAGCCUCAGAGAAGACAUCAUUUUGACCACUGCAAAAAAAAAGAGCUUCUGUCAUCUUUAAAAGCUCGGCUCUGUUUACUCUGUUACGGAUUAAGCUGAAGAUCUUCUUUUUGGUGCAGUUAUUUUGUAUUUGACAACAUGUUUUAAGACGUACUGUAUUUAGUAACUCCUAACAUUCAAUAUUCAGCUGCUUUCUGCUUGUGCUUCUUGUUCGAUCAGCUGGAUGGAAAAAGGGGUGGAUGAGGGGGGUUUAUACUGCUGCUAUGAAGUCUGUGCUACAGUAUUUGAUUAUUGAGUCUUUAGUUUGCAAUGAACACUUGUAACUAAUGCUACAAGUCACUCAAGUCGCUGAUAGUCUUGGUGUUCUGAUAUUUACAUCAUCUUUAUGACUUUAUGCUUGUACACUCACCAUGCCAACCCACCACAGGGAUCUCUGAGGUCUUUCAUUCAGCUGUCUGGGGGAUUUUCUCAUUCCUUCUCAGUAUCACUUGUUGUGUUUUAACCACUUACCUUGAAUCACAUCCCGCUGAGCUUCAGCUGUAACUUCAAAAGGCUUUUCCUCGUCCAUAUCAUCACGUCUCAUGAUCGCUCAGCAAACAAGAAAUGUCUGGAUGGACUGGCAAUGUGCACCGCGGUGGAGCAAUUCUUGCAUGUUUCUCAUGAAAUGAACCGAAGCUUGAGUCCAUGACAUGAGAUUUCAAACAGGUUUACAGUUAAUGACAACAAAGGACAAUGUGAAAUCUGCUGUUUCGUCCUCUGUCAGCAGAAAGAAGAAGAUUCUUUGACAUACUUUCAAAAAAAACUUCAGUUGUUUGCUUGGUUUACUCUUCUCAUUAAACUACAGUGAUUUGCUUGUUUGUUUCUUCACCUCUCAUGCUUAUUCUUAUCAUGGGUUAAUAUUUAAUGACCUCCUGCCUCAAGAGAAACAUGGAUAUGAGCUGGUGUGAGACGUUGAAAUAGAAACAGAAAGCGUGAAGUGGUGUGUUCAGGUGCUCUGGGAAAGAAAAGCAGACUUCUAUGAUCUGACCAAAGCUGGACUCGUGGUGUCCUCUGAGCAGAGAAAUCCUGUCUGAAAGUCCAUUUUGAUGCAGUCUGUUGGAUUCAGGUGAAUAAAAACCUUGAAUCUAAAUGCUUUUAUGUGAUUGUGAUGCCUUAACAUCGAGGGAAUGUUUGCAAAACAACCGUGUAACUUAGUUUGAGCUUUUUGGGAUAUUUUUUUAUUAAAUGUGAGGAUGUUAAAAAUUUUUGAGGCAAGUUUUCUUCAACUACUCGACCACUCCUUCAAAAUUUACCCAGCCGAGCUGCAGCAGACUUUCCUUCAGAAGUGAUGUAUUGUAUGUAAAAUGAACCACUCCAUAUUCACCAAUGUGUAGACUUUAUUUAUAACGAGAUGUGUAAAUUAUAUUCUUUUAUUCUUUCUGUGUUUAAAUGUGUAUUAUCUCUCUGUCUCUUGUAUUGUGUGCACUAAAUGCAAAACCACAUUAGUGUUCACUUGUGCUGCACAAUAAAGUCUUUCCAAAAUGA